CAAUCAAACCCAGCGCGAGGAGGAGACUCCUGCAUGAAACCUGCUGCUGCAGGGAGGCCCACGUUCAGUCCGAGAAGUUCUGCAGGUCCGCAAACACACCCUCCGAGCAUGGCGACUCCUCUCACCGACCAGGAGAAGCGCAAGCAGAUCAGCAUCAGGGGGAUCGUGGGGGUGGAGAACGUGGCGGAGCUGAAGAAGGGCUUCAACCGCCACCUGCACUUCACCCUGGUCAAAGACAGGAACAUCGCCACUCCCAGGGACUACUACUUCGCCCUGGCCCACACCGUGAGGGACCACCUGGUGGGGAGGUGGAUCAGGACCCAGCAGUUCUACUACGAAGCUGACCCAAAGAGGGUGUACUAUCUGUCCCUGGAGUUCUACAUGGGCCGGACUCUGCAGAACACCAUGAUCAACCUGGGUCUGCAGAACGCCUGCGAUGAAGCCAUCUACCAGCUCGGCCUGGACAUGGAGGAGCUGGAGGAGGUGGAGGAGGACGCGGGGCUGGGGAACGGAGGUUUGGGCAGACUGGCAGCCUGUUUCCUGGACUCCAUGGCAACACUCGGCCUUGCAGCGUACGGCUACGGCAUUCGAUACGAGUACGGCAUCUUUAAUCAGAAGAUCAGAGACGGCUGGCAGGUGGAGGAGGCCGAUGACUGGCUGAGGCACGGGAACCCCUGGGAGAAGGCUCGGCCCGAGUACAUGCUGCCCGUCCACUUCUAUGGACACGUGGAGGAGACGAGAGACGGGCCUCGAUGGGUGGACACCCAGGUCGUCCUGGCGAUGCCGUACGACACGCCCAUCCCCGGCUACAUGAACAACACGGUGAACACCAUGAGGCUGUGGUCUGCCCGCGCACCCAACGACUUCAACCUGAAGGACUUCAAUAUAGGAGAUUACAUCCAGGCUGUUCUGGACAGAAACUUGGCAGAGAACAUCUCCCGGGUGCUCUACCCCAAUGACAACUUCUUUGAAGGGAAAGAGCUCCGUUUGAAGCAGGAGUACUUUGUCGUCGCCGCCACACUCCAAGACAUCAUCCGCCGCUUUAAGACCACCAAGGAGGGCAGCCCCACCCGCACCUCCUUCGAGAACUUCCCAGACAAAGUUGCCAUCCAGCUGAACGACACUCAUCCUGCCAUGGCCAUCCCCGAGCUCAUGAGGAUCUUUGUGGACAUUGAGAAACUCGAAUGGGACAAGGCCUGGGACUUGACCCGGCGCACGUUUGCCUACACCAACCACACAGUCCUGCCCGAGGCUCUGGAGCGCUGGCCUGUGAAGCUGCUGGAGAAGCUGCUGCCCAGACACCUGCAGAUCAUCUACCAGAUCAACCAGACCCACCUGGAUAAAAUCGCAGCUCUUUUCCCAAAAGACAUGGACAGACUGAGGAGGAUGUCUCUGAUUGAAGAGGACGGGUGUAAGAGGGUGAACAUGGCACAUCUCUGCAUCGUAGGUUCGCACGCUGUCAACGGAGUGGCUCAGAUCCACUCCAACAUCAUCAAGACUGAAAUAUUUCGGGACUUUAGUGAGCUGGAGCCGGACAAGUUCCAGAACAAAACCAACGGCAUCACCCCCCGCCGCUGGCUGCUGCUCUGCAACCCCGGCCUGGCAGAGCUCAUAGCCGAGGUGAUCGGGGAGGAUUAUGUGAAGGACCUGAGCCAGCUGAGGAAGCUGAACAACUUUGUUGAUGAUGCUGCCUUCAUCCGGGACGUCUCUAAAGUCAAACAGGACAACAAGGUGAAAUUCGCCCAGUACCUGGAGACGGAGUACAGGGUGAAAAUCAACCCAUCCUCCAUGUUCGACGUCCACGUCAAGAGAAUCCACGAGUACAAGCGACAGCUGCUCAACUGCCUCAACAUCAUUUCCAUGUACAACCGGAUCCGGAAGAACCCCGCUGCACCUUUCGUACCGCGGACUGUGAUCAUCGGUGGGAAGGCUGCUCCGGGGUAUCACAUGGCGAAACUCAUCAUCAAACUCAUCACGUCGGUGGCUGAUGUGGUGAACAACGACCCUGUGGUGGGAAACAAGCUCAAAGUCAUUUUCCUGGAAAACUACAGGGUUUCUCUGGCAGAGAAAGUGAUACCCGCCACCGAUCUGUCGGAGCAGAUCUCCACGGCCGGCACCGAGGCUUCAGGGACGGGCAACAUGAAGUUCAUGCUGAACGGAGCUCUGACCAUCGGCACCAUGGACGGAGCCAACGUGGAGAUGGCUGAAGAGGCCGGGGAGGAGAACCUCUUCAUCUUCGGCAUGAGGGUGGAUGAUGUCAACGAGAUGGACAAAAAGGGGUAUGAUGCCAUGACGUACUACAAGAAGAUUCCCGAGCUGAAAGAAGUGAUGGAUCAGAUUAAGAGUGGAUUCUUCAGUCCCAAAAACCCGGAGCUCUUCAAAGACCUCACCGACAUGCUCUUCAAACACGACCGGUUCAAGGUGUUUGCAGACUUUGAAGACUACCUGAAGUGCCAGGAAAACGUCAGCAAGCUCUAUCAGAAUCAAGUGGAUUGGACCAAGAUGGUGAUCAGGAACAUUGCUGCCACGGGGAAGUUCUCCAGUGACAGAACCAUCACCGAAUACGCCACCGAGGUGUGGGGCGUGGAGCCCACCGACCUGAAGAUCCCCCCGCCAAACGAGCCCAGAGAGGCUCUGGAGGAGACCGUCAAGGCUCUGAAGAAAAUCUAACAAACUGUCAACUAUCACGUUACCGUACGCGCCUUCAGUUCAUCGACGCAGGCUUGGGGGUGUUCCCCCAUCGGAGGUUCUCAGGGUUCAGG